AUGAGCAGCCAGCACCAUGCAGAGAGCUCUCCCCCCACAGAAAAGCUGCUGCCCGCCGCGGCCCCCAAGCUCCACGUCCAGCGAUCGCUGUCCAAGGAGUCCAUCACCAUCCACUUCUCGGCUCUCGGGAAGGAGGAAGAGGAGGAGGAAGAGGAGCUGUACAUAACGUCCGCUCCUCCCCAACCCCCCUCGGCUUCGGCCGUGGGCCCCUCCAAAGUCCCCACGGCCCUGGAGGCGAGCGAGGAAAUGUUCGAAGGGUCCGAAUCGACCAGAGGUUCCCCAGAUUCCCCGGUUCACGCUAACCGUCUCCCCUCCAAAACUCUCCCCCCGCGAGUCCCCGAGCAAAAGCCGUCGAGCUCCACCUCCCCCCCCAGCAAGUCCCUGAGCUUCCCCUCCACCGACAAGCCGUUUCUCAGCCUCAUGAAGUCGCUCUCCUCCGACGUGGAGUCCUCCCUCCCGGCUUCCUCGUUGAGGCACAGGCACCUCAUGAAGAGUCUCGUCAAGUCUUUGUCCUCGGAUACCUCCCAGGACUCCUCAUCCUCCUCCUCGUCCUCAUCUUCGUCCUCCUCCUCGUCCUCCUCCUUCCGUCUCCCAGAGUCUCGCCUCAACCUGCAGCUCUUCAAGCAGCUGGCUCAGUCCCGGCUGCCUUCGUCCGACUCCAAAACGGCGCCCUGCUCGCCGCUGACCUCCCCGGAGAGCCGGAGCUUCUUCAAAGUCUCCGAGGUGGAGGCCCGGAUCGAGGACACCCGCCGGCGGCUUUCCGAGGCCAUUUCCGAGCCGCUCCAGCUACUGAGCAAGAUCAUGGACGAGAAAAGCGGCGGCGGGGGGGGCGGGGUUUACCGGCCGAAGGCGCUCUCCACCGAGCUCGCCAGCCUGGCGUCCCACAACGGGCUCCCGGAGAGCAACAACAACAACAACUACUGCAUCAAGGAGGAGGAGGAGGGCGGGGAACCGGAGGCCGAGAGCCCCGGCAGCUGGACCUCCAUCGGGGCCGAGUCCCCCGGGGACCCCCCCCCCUCUUUAGCCACCGCCUCCCUGGACAGGUGCUCCAUGUCGGCGCUCGCCAGGCUGGACGACGAGGACUUCUGCAUCCUGGACGGGGAGGAGGUCGGGGACCAGGCCGAGGGGAAGGCCGCCGCCGACGCCACGGCAACCGCUGGGAAAGCGUCCCCGGGGAGCGGCGUGGGCUCGGACCCGUACGAGGAAUACGAAGAGGCCGAACCGGCGCCGAGCGUGCCGCUCUACAGGCUGGCGGCGCUCACGGGGCUGCUCUACGGCGUAUUCGUGCUGCCCCUGCCCGGACCCCUGGGCGCCGUGCUGCUGGGGGCCGGACUCGGCUUCCUGCUCGCCAUCGGCGCCGUGUGGCUGACCGGCCCCAAGCGCCCCGGAGUCCGGUCCAGGAACCAGGCAACGCUGCAGAGGCGGGUGCACAUCCAGGAGCCCGACAUCUACAAGGGCUGGAUGAACGAGUUAUCGAGCUACGACCCGGAGACCUACCACGCCACGCUGACCCAGUCGGUGUUCGUCCGGCUGGAGGGCUCCACCAUCCGCCUCUCCAGACCCAACCGCAACAUCGCCCGCCGCGCCGCACACAACGAGCCCAAAGCAGACGUCUCCUACAUCAGCCAGAAGAUCUACGACCUCACCGGCAGCAGCGUGUAUCUGGUGCCUCACAGUCUGGCCAGGAAGCGGAUAUGGAACAAAAAAUACCCCAUCUGCAUCGACCUGGGGAGGCAGGAUCACUUCAUGUCCAGGGCGGAGGGGGAGAGUCCGGAGUCCGGGGAGGACCCGGGGGAGGGCAGCAGGGCGGGUCAGGACCCCAGGGCCCCGUCCUCCUCCGGGAGAGAUCUCACCCUCUACCUGUUCGGGAGGACGGGGAGAGAGAAGGAGGAGUGGUUCCAGAGGUUUCUGUCGGCCGCCAACGCCAGAGUGGAGAUGAAGAAAUCUCCUUCUGUCGGCGGUGGCAAGAAAGCCCUGAGCUCCAGCAGUAGCCGCAGCAGUCUGGAUGAGGUGCUGGCACCUCUGCCCAGAUCCCGGGACUCUGCGGCCUCCCUGACGGCGGCGGGCGGUGCCAGAGCGAAGCCCCUGCUGGACUACAGCCUCUACAUGGGCUCCCUGUUGCCCAGGCAACCGGGGGCCGGCCCCCCCGCCGGCAGCCCGGCUUCCCCGAGCCUGCAGAGCAGCCCGGGGUCCGAUAAGAAGGUAGCGGAUGCUGAACGGUUUUCCUCCCUAAAGAGCAAUAGGACGCUCGCUUUGCUUUGCCCGUAA